AUGGCCUCGCCAUACAUCUCCCAGCAGGGUCUCUCGGCCCUGAUGUGGAUCGGCAUCAUCCUAUCAAUAAUCUUCGUCGCCAUCCGCACGCACGUCCAAUACCGCUACAGCGGCCGCUUCUUCGUCAACGACUACUGGAUCUUCUUCGCCAUCGUCUGCCACCUAGCCACCGCAAUCGUCUACCAGAUCGCGAUCCCGCCCAUGUAUGAGGUCCAGACCUUCGACCCCGAGACGCAGGCCAUGGACGCCGCGUUCAUGGACCGCGCCUCGCUCUUCCUGCGUCUGCAGUUCGCCGUCGACUUCCUGCUCUGGACGACCCUGUGGACGGUCAAGUUCUCGCUGCUCUCGUUCUUCUGGCGCCUGUUUGACUCGGUGCGUUCGCCGAUGAAGGUCUUUUGGUGGACCAUGUGUGCGGUCACGGCUUCGACUUGGGUGACUCUUGUCGUGCUGCAGAAUCUGGCCUGUGAUCCGAUUCGGAAUUUCUUUACCCUAGGAAAAUGCAGCUCCGCGCGAGACGUCUACUACUCGAAUCUCGUCUUCAAGUUCACCGUCGGCACCGAUAUCGCCGGCGACAUACUAAUAAUGCUAAUCCCCUUCCCCCUCCUCCACACGCUCCAAAUCCCGCCGGGGAAGAAAUACAUCCUGGCCGCAAUCUUCUCCUUACCACUAAUCCCCAUCCUCUUCGCGGUCCUGCGUCUGGUAAUCGCAAACCCAGACAGCGGCAACGUCGACCCCGUCAAGUUCCAGCUGUACAGCAUGCUCGAGAACUCCUCGGCCAUCGUGACGUCUUGUCUGCCCUCGCUGCGGUUGUUCGUUGUCAAGCAGGGCUCGGGGCUGGGAUCGCACUCUUAUCGGUAUCGGUCGCGGUCGCGGUCGAAGUAUAACAAGAAGAAUCGGUAUCCGGGGUAUAACCUGGGAGGGGAGUAUGUGGGUGGUGGGCAGGGGGAUUUCUUUGGGAAUAGUGAGGUGCAUGGGCAUCGGGAUGGGGAUGGGGGUGUUGGUGCUAGUAGGAGUCGGAGUCGGUGUGAGUCGACGGUCGAGGCGUUUGGGUUGGAGACGAUGGGGAGUAGAGGGGGGAAUGAGGUGUUAGAUGGGGAUGAGGAUGCGGGCACGGAUAAUUCUGGUGAGAGUCGGAGAGGGAUUGUUGGAGGGAGAAGGGGGGUGCUUGUUACCAGGGAGUUUUCGGUUCGGUGA